AUGGCCGGAUCAGAGAGCCCACCAAAGAUUGCCAUCCAUGGCCGCGUCCACGACCUGCCUGACCUCUGGGAUGGCAAAGAUGACUGGACAGGCGUCACGAGUACUGCAGAGAGAAAGCGUCGCCAGAACCGCCUCAACCAGCGCGCCUAUCGCCGCCGGAAGAGAGGUGCAAGCAGCACCGUCACACCACCACCAACCAGGGACGACGAGGUCCAUAUCCACACUGAAGACGCUUCAUGUCUCCUGGCCAUCUGCUCCACCUGCACCACCUCCACCUCUGCUCUAUCCUCACCCAGCAGCAACGGCAAACAGCUGCAGCAGGCCCUCGUAAAGGUGCGGGAUGACGAGCCACACCCCUGGCCACGACAAGACUCACAGGACGGCCUCGAAGAUGACCCCGAGACUUGGGACGCGAGUAUCAUGCAGUGCACGCCUCACCGCGUCGCCCGCAUCCGCAGCCUCAUCCGGCAAGCCUACGAGGACCACGCCCUCCACGCGCCCCGGAUCGACCAGCUGCCCAUCCUCAUCCGCAUCAACGUCAUGAACGCCAUGGUCCGCAACGCCAUCCGCAUGGGCUUCCACGCUCACGGCCUCUGCCACGACGACUACCUCUCCCCCUUUGCCGUCCACGACCCCCAGCACCCCAGCACCGUCCUCGUCCCCCGCCUGCCCGACGCCCUGCGGCCGACUGACCUGCAGCGGGCCUAUGCGCACCAUCCCUGGACGGACCUCUUCCCCUUUCCCCUGUUCCGGGACAAUGUCCUGUGCGCCAUGCAGGCCGGCCUGCUCGACGAGGACGAGCUGUGCGCCGAUAUCAUGGAGGUCCGCCAGGCUGACGUCGCCGAGGCCCCGAGUCUCAUGAUCUGGGGCGAGAGCUGGGACGCCAUGGCCUGGGAGAUGACGCCUGCCUUUAUCAGGAAAUGGGGCUGGCUGCUCCGCGGCUGCCAGGACUUGAUGGCCGCCACGAACCUCUGGCGCACCAGGCGAGGGGAGAGGGCGCUGCCUGUUUGGACGUGGUUGCAGCAGCAUGGGGUACAGUAA